UGCACACAACACUACUACUAUCACUACUACUACCGCAAUGGCGCUUUGCUUAAAUCAACUACUUUCAAACAAACGAUCCUCGCCAUUUGUAUUAAUUAACGACUCGAUCCAGUUUUCUGGCCUACCACUCCUUGCCGAAUUCGCUGCGUCGACGUUACGCGAGAAUCAUACACUGAUCGUCGUAUUGACAGAAACUUCACCCGAAGCAUGGACAACGCGUCUGCAACAGCAACAACAACAAUCAAGAGUCAGCGAUACAACGACACCACUGUCAAACAAUAGUAAAACCUACAUUAUUGAUGCCUACACUGAUCCACUGGGCUGGGAUGACAUUGAUCAAGAUCCAACAGCAACAGCACAAAAGGGUAGGGACUGCAACGCGCCUUUUGUGUUGGAACGUGUACAUGAUAUCCGUGAUAUGGAGCGAUCGAUCCUGAAACCAAUCAUUGAAAAGAUGCCAGUAGCAACCAGCAGCGGCGGCAACGAUACUGUUAAUGAAUGCACGAUCUUGAUUGACUCAAUCCAUCCUCUUUUGAUGGUUUCUCAACAACGGACGUAUCAGCUUGUGAAGGCGCUCGAAUCACUUACAACUGAUGCAAUUCGUCUUGUGGUCGGUCACCAUGCCGACACCGAACUACCACGGAAUAAAAACACCAUGAUGGUUCCAACCGUCGACGCACUCAACCGUCUAGCUUCAGUCAUCCUAUCGCUCGAACCAUUGCCUCAGCGCACCAUGUACGAUGCAGCACAAGAAGCAUUGACUGGAUUCACGGCACAAGAAUCCUUUACAUACAUGAGAACGACAUCCAAUUUGGUUGAAAAGGGAGGACUGGCUCGGAUCGAGUGGCGUAAAAAGAGCGGUAAAGUCCAAUACGAAACAAACGGAUUUUAUCUUGGCAGCAAGAACAACUUGAUCGUGGUCGAGGCAUCGCAAUUAUUGGGUGACGAGACGGCGGAAGUAUCCAUGGAUGUGGAAGAUUUGAAACCUCAACAGCAACAGCAAGUGGAUCCAAUGGCCAAUUUGCCGUUCAAUCUCUCGCUCACCGAUAAUCAACGCCGGGCAAAGGAUAAUGUCGAGUUACCGUUCAUGAAGGUUCAGGAACAACAACAACCAAGUGGUCAUAUUUAUUACGAGCCGGACGCUGGGGAUGAUUUUGACGACGAGGAUCCGGACGAUGAUUUGGAUAUCUAAUAUGGCUAUGUCACAAAAAAUAGAAGUUUUCUCUUUGUAAAUAAUGAAAGUGCAUACCUUAUGUAUAAAAGCGCCCGGGAAUCAGCUGAAGAUAAUCA